AAGAGUAACGUCGAUUGCCAUCGGCAUUACCGACCUGCGGCACCGUUGCAGAAAGGCGAGAGCGAGGCUUGCUCUUUCGCAGAGCAUUCGCCGCUAAUAAUGCACUCCAAUCCAGAUCGGUCUUGGGCAGAUGUGGUGAGUUGGGAGAGUAUUUGGAAGUGCGCGGCGACGGCGAUGAUGGACGCGAGCUUGACGCAGAGUGUGGCCUCGAGCCCAAUACACUUCCGUCUGCUGAGUGAUCGGAGCUCAUCCUCGAAGAGCGUGCGGGAGACUGUCCCCUGUUCCUGCCAGAGCCUGUCGGCGAAAGACCUCUUGGAGAAGAGCAGCUGCCUUCGCGAGAGCGAUUCUUCGAGAUUGCGGUCCUUGGAUCCAGAGAAGAGCCCAUUGCCGUGUCAUGGGCAUCACUCAGCGAUGUCGCAGCCAUCAAAGGAGUCGGUCGUCGAUUCUUCUCCACAUUCAACCUCCCAGCUGUAGGCAACGUAUUCUGGGUAUCCGUAUAGCGUCUCGCAUCCAGAUUCGCCCUUCGUAUCGGCGGUGCAUUCGCAGGAGGUGGCGCAAAGUCAAAAGCAGCUGUACUCGGACUUGCAGCCAAAGGAGAUUCGGUGAAUCUCUUUCCAG